UUGUCCAUUUGUGCGUAGUGAACUGCGGUCACACUGUUCUGCUUGGAGCAAUUUGGUCGUAGGAAAAACAGAAAGAAAUAAAAACAAAUCAAAUGGCCGGACGUGAAGCCGUGAAGCGAGCCGUACAGCAGGUGCGCCCCAUCCUGUCCGUGGACCGCGAGGAGGCCCGUAAGCGUGCCCUCAAUCUGUACAAGGCCUGGUACCGCCAGAUUCCCUACAUCGUCAUGGACUACGACAUCCCCAUGACCGUGGAGCAGUGUCGGGACAAGCUGCGCGAGGAGUUCGUCAAGCAUCGCAAUGUGACCGACAUCCGGGUGAUCGACAUGCUGGUCAUCAAGGGCCAAAUGGAGCUUAAGGAAUCCGUGGAGAUCUGGAAGCAGAAGGGCCAUAUCAUGCGCUACUGGAAAGAAUCGCAGGAUCCCAAGCCCACCGACUUCCUCUCAAAAUUCAUCCAGGGCGUUAAUUAGUUAUUCAAAUUGAAAUAGUUUAAAUACAAACUCCGACAGAGUGUAAAACGAAACAAAGGGAGUUUUGUGCGCUUCAGAAACGCGUGUGUCCUUGUUUAUUGAGAUUGUGACUUCAAAAAUAUCAUGGUUUCACUGUGAAUACAUA